AUGAAGUACAAUGUCGUUGCUCUGCAAGAGACCAGAUUACGCAAGCUCCACCGUGCACAUGAUGCAAGAUAUGUUCUUGUCAAGAGUGCUGCUUCAACUUCUGGUUGCUAUGGAAUCCUUCUUGGCUUCAGCAAAAGUCACCCUCAUGGUUGGUUGCCUGGCACCACAUCGGAACAUGGUAAACCAGUUUAUUUCUCUGACUCACAUCUGUCAAUAAUUGCCGCUGAACCACGGUAUUUGAUUGUACGUGUGUGCACUCCGGUGCUUCGUGGGAUUUUUAUUGCUGCGCAUGCCCCACAUACAGGUCACACGGAUGAUGAAGUCAAAGAGUGGUGGCAAAGACUGGGCUCACUUAUUCCUGCAAAAUAUGAUGACUGGCCUAGGGUGCUUUUGUGUGACGCAAACGCACGUAUCGGAAGUAUCCCACAUGAAUGUGUUGGAGAUUUUCAAGCUGAGGUUGAGAAUAGUAAAUCUGAAGCAUUCCGAACAUUUGUCAGUGAACAGGGACUGUGGCUGCCAAGCACCUUUGAAGCUUUUCAGAUUGGAGAUGGAGGUACUUGGUUACACCCAUCUGGGAAGUGGAACCGAAAUGAUUUUAUUGGGCUGCCAGUUCAUUGGAGACUCACCUCUUGCAAGGCUUUUGUUGAGGAUGCCAUCGAUGUAUCCACUCUGAAGGAAGACCAUCGCCCUGUUGCUGUCACAAUUGAAGGACGAGGAAGGAGCACCUCAAGGACACCUCGAAUUAGGACUGAGAAGUUCACAGAUGCACAUGUGGCAGCCAUUUCGUCUGCUGCUUUUCACUGGAUUGAGCGUCCUGACCUUCAGACUGAUGUGCACACGCAUGCUUGGCAUCUUGAGCGACAACUCUUGGAUACCUUGAGACCUGAGAUUACCACACCGAGGACCUUUUGCCGUAUUGCGCACCACAGAGGCUUUAGCACUGGUGUUCUCUUUGUUGACCUUUCCAACGCAUUCCACAGAUUAGUUCGUGAAUUGGUUUGCGGAACCCAAUCACCAGCUGACACUGACGCUGUUGUUGCAGCGAUUGAGGAGGGCCAUGGCCGGAAUUCUGGGCUGUGUGCUUGGCUAGCCCUGCCUGGGCUCUUGGAAAGAUUGGGAGCUUCACCAUUGCUUGUUCAAUUGCUUCGAGAAGUCCACACCAACACGUGGCAUAUGAUUGCGCAUCUCCCAGGCAUCACCAAAACCAGACGAGGUACCAGACCUGGAAGCCCAUUAGCUGACAUUAUCUUUCAUGUGUUGAUGCUGGAUAUUAUUGUCGAGCUGAAUGAGUGGAUUUUGGGCCAAGCGGAUUUUGAUUCAAUUGUUUGGAGUGAUGACCUUGCAAUUCCCUGGUGCACCAACCAUGCAGAGGAACUGGUGCCUGCAUUGGGCACGUUGCUCUCCACUGUCCACAAGAUUUUCCAUCGCAGAGGAUUUGACCUCAAUAUGGACAAGGGAAAGAUUGGAGUGGUACUUACCUUUCAAGGCAAGAACGCACGCCAGCAACGGCGUCAAUACCUACUUUGCAAUCCGAGUGGAUUUAGUUGCAAGCUUCCCUCAGGUGUCCAUCAAUGGCUUCAUGCCACGGCUACAUACCGCCAUUUGGGAACACAGUUUGCUUCUAAGCUGGAUUUUGCGGAAGAAAUGAAGCACCGAAUAGGGCAAGCCUCUGCAGCCUUUAGUGCUAUGAGGCAGAGCCAACUGAUUGCCAUGCGGAAAGCACUUGCACAUUUUCUGCGUUGCAUCCUACUUGCGGGCCAUGGGCAGACAGAUAAGCGACCAUCUGAUUACCAAGUUUUAGUUUUGACUGAACACCUUGACCCCCGCAUUCGACUGGCCCAAGAUCGCCUACUGUUUGCGCACAAGUUGUUCCAAUUUGGCCCUGCCUUUGCCCAACAUGUUUUGCAGAUUGAAUUUCAAGAGAUGCAAACGUCUUGGUUGAGCGGUCUCUUUGCUGAUUUGAAGUGGCUUCACUCUGUUUUGCCAGAUAGUGUUCCGGAAUGCUGGACUUCAAAUCUCACUGAUGCCAUCGAAUAUUGGCAAAAGGGUGCACCCGGAUGGAAGGCCAUUAUCCGACGUGCAAUCAAAAAGCAUCUGAUGCAGGAGUCCAUGAUGCAGGAAGGGCUGACCCAGGUAACGCUGAAGUGGUUUGAGGAGUUUUGCAAUUGUUCAUUUGAUUGCUCAGCUGUCGGCCCUUUGGAGGAUAGAUGGUUUGACUAUUUGAUCACAUGGCCUGAUGAGUAUGAUGACUGGUAUGGGGAUGGUCUCCUGGUUUGGGGACGAGAUGUCUUGCCAGACGUCACAGCCACCUUCAUGGACGGAGAAGCUGAACAGUUUGCAGACGAAGCCUUUUACACAGUGACUUCCGAUAUGCCGAGAGCACAGAUGCGUGAUCGACUUGCCUUUCUACAACAGUGCAUUGAUAGGGGCAACGAAGAGUUGACUCAAGAUGUUCCACACCGAUCCAGGUAUGUUGAAAGACAACUUACUCAAGCCAGGAAACCUGCAGAGUCUGGAGAUCAGAUCACUACUUUGUUUCAGCAGCAGACUGCAUGGCAUGAUGAGGUGCGAGCAAUUAAGUGGGAAUUUAUGCCACCGGAUGUCAAGGUCCCUUUGAUGGAUGGCAUUUUGCAACGACCCACUUUCUUGAUUGUCCACUUGUUUAGUGGCCGGAGGCGCGAGCAAAAUGUACAUUGGCACCUUGCGCAAAUGGCAGAUGCACGAGGCAUGGACAUUGCUGUGAUUUCCAUGGACACUGCGGUGUCAGCCCAUUUUGGUAACCUUGAGUCCCAUUCGGAUUCCUGGUGCCGACUUGUGCAGCUUUAUGAGAAGGGGUAUGUCGCUGCAACGAUAUGCAGCGCACCCUGUGAAACCUUCUCAGCAGCUCGACAUGUGGCACCACCGGCCGAUUUGCCUGAAGCUGAGAAACAUCGCUGGCCUAGACCGCUCCGGUCCUUUGCCCAACUGUUUGGACUCAGUGAUUUGCGGCCGAAGGAACUCCGACAAUGCAAACAGGGGAGUGCGUUUAUGCUCCAAGCGACGAUGGUCUGCAUUUGGCAUGUUGUUUUUGGUGGUCUCUUUCUUAGUGAGCAUCCUGCUCCACCAGGGGAUGAUUCGAAAGACGAGUUCGGGAAAUUUCGCACAGCGGUUUGUAAAGAGUAUCCGCCACACUUUUCAGCUGGCAUGGCACGGGCCAUUAUCGACCAAUUGUGCACAGAAGUUCGAAAUGGUUCCCGACGCAGCUGUGAAUUCGAUUUUGAGGCAGAGAUCUCGACGGCAUCUGGGUCUUCGACGUCGGGGGAUGAUAUCACCACGAUUCCUGGCCCGGUGGAUGAGGAGCUUGCAGCUCUAGAGAAAGAGGUGGAUGGCGAGUUUACCAAAAUGAUGGCAGUGGAGGAGAAGGGACACCCAUCUGAGCGAAAGCCGUGUGAGAAGGCUACGCCUCCACAUCCUAGCCUAGCUGGGAUCUCCAAGUCAAGCCCAGUAUCGAGCCCCGAGCCCAAGUCCGAUGUCACUGGAAACUUAGCUUCUGGGAUGGAUGAUCUGUUACCAAGUGAACUCUAUGAUCCCGAAGUUGAAUCAAAAGUGGCUGACCGGUUUUCCAAGAUGAGUGAUGAUGAGUUUUCAAAACUCCUCAAAACUGCAGAGUUUCACCCAGACUUUGCAACCUAUGUUCGCGGUGUCAAGGUGGAGCUAGGAUCUGAUGAUGAUGUCGAAUGGAUGUUUGGGAGGGAUGGCCAUAUGAGGAUUUGCUUGGCUUCCAUGUUUGGUGCAUCUGUCGGGAACAUCUUCGGGAGAGGUUCGGGUUGGGGAAAGCAGAAGCACCAGCCAAGCCAGCAAGCAUCCCGUUGCACACACAAGUCCCCCCGCCAGCAAAGCACCCAGCCAUUCCAGCCCCACCCGCCACAAUGGCUGAACCCCAUCCUGCCCUGA